AAUAUUGAAAACGUCAAAAUUGAAAAUGCUGGUGAAAAGAAAAUAAACAAUAAUAAAAUCGAAUUUGGGAAGACCUCUGAGAAACAGAGAAAACCAAAUCAUUUCCCAAUUCAUUUACAGUUCAUAAUGGCAGAGGCUGUCGGUCACCCUGUGAAAUCAGAUUACAAAGACAAAGUCCAAGAAAUGGAAUGUGCAGUAUGUCUCCAGCGCUGUAUCCAUCCAGCACAACUACCCUGUGGUCACAUUUUCUGCUUUUUGUGUGUCAAGGGCUUCGCUAACCAGAAUAAGAAGUGUGCUAUGUGCCGCCAGGAAAUCCCUAAGGAUUUCAUAGAACAGCCUCAUUUAUUAGAAGCCCCCGCCCCUCUAGAAAAUACUGAAGGCUUUGAUGGUGGCUUCCAAUGGUUCUAUGAAGGUAGAAAUGGUUGGUGGCAAUAUGAUGAGAGAACUAGUAAAGACCUUGAAGCUUCUUAUAAAAAAGAUGAGAUAACUUGUGAACUCCUCAUUGCUGGUUUCUUGUAUAUCAUAGAUUUAGAAAAUAUGCUUCAAGUCAGAAGAAAUGACCCUUCCAGAAGGAGGAGAAUAAAAAGGGAUUAUUAUACUAUACCAAAAAAAGGUAUUGCUGGGUUGCCUAUCAAGGAACAAACUGAUGAAACAAAAGGAAGGGAUGAGGAAGAUCAACAACAGGAAAUACCUAGAGAAAUAUUGGUCAAUCCACCAGAAACAGCACAUUCUGAUGGUUCUGAUGAUGCACUUUCUGGCUUGGAAGAAACUUUGCACAGACUAGACAUGCUUAGUUUGAAUCACAAUCAUAACAACCUAAGCUGA